AUGAACUGUUUCAAAAUACCUCCCAAACUGAGACUUUCAGCUGUCACUGCUACUCCUGGGACCAAUGACAAAAACGAAAAUGGGUUUGUAAUCAGCGGAAAGCUCCAACCGGACACGGGUAGCUUUAGAGACUUGAAAUCCAGUGACAAUGGCACGCAAUUAGCGUACGAAGGCAUUCUUUUGCAGAAGGAAUACGUCGUCAGGGACGAUCAGAGAUCAUACGAAGGUGGACAGCAAAUCUCGUUUUCGGUUCCCUUGGGCAAAGAGUCUCAGAGCUGGAAACCUAGGCACACUGGAAAGGUUUAUCACCGUCAAGGUCACCACCUCCGCGAAGGUCAAUUUGAGGUUAAAUACACGGUGAAAGCUUCCAUCACAAGCAUUCCAGCUAGAUACAAUAAUGAGAUUUGCGAUAGUUGUCAUUGGUCGAAUGCCGUGGAACUACAGUUUGUACCAAGUGAUUCAGGGAGCAACAACAACAAGAACAAGACACGGCAGCAUGAUGUGUUGAGAGUCGAUCUCGGUGCUCCAGUCAUGAUUCCGCAGACGUCGUUCUUUUGUCUCGCAGCAAAGCCUCCGAAUCCUUUCUGUACACUGAUCCCGACCGAGUUCAAGAUUCAGCUUUUUCCUAACCAACAGUUGGCGAUUCAACUUUGUCAAAACCCGCCAAGCAAGGACGAGGAAGAAGCAAUUGUUGUAGAUUUGAAAAAGGUCCAUGUGAAGUUUACCCAGCGAAAUGUCCUUAAUGGUGACAUCUUUGAUCGUCACUGGGAACAAAUGCUAUUACCUUGCAAAAAGAGUAGUACCAGUAGUACCAACAAGGAAUCACCAAAUACUACUAUCUUGCAGGGUACCGUCUCGGUGCCAGGCAACUGGACUCCUUCGUAUGAUGGUUCCAUUGUCCAAAUAGUGAAUGAAAUGAUCAUUUAUAUCACCGAAGAUGGCCAAAAGGGAAGAGACGUUGUUGCUACAUCGCCAAAGAUUGCGGUUGAACUUCAGAAUAAUGCAGUACUCGUACUGUAG